AUGAGGACGGGGUCAUGGGCCGAUGAAGUUUACCAUCCCAAACUUUGGUAUUAUGAUUUGUUGAAGUUUGCGGAAGACCAACAAGUCUCUCGAAACUCUCGAAGCAAUAUCUCGGAUGACGAAGACAGCGAAAAUGAGGUUCGCUUUCAUGCUGGGAAUUUGCGAUUUGAAGUCUACGAAUCUCCUAUCAAACUCAUUCCUGAACCUUUGCAACAACAACACGGAUUAAUCUUUAAGCAUACCCAACAUAUCUUGUUGCCGUCCGGCGAGAAGCUGACGUCAUGGACCCAUCCGACAGGUGCGUUCUGGUUCACAAAUUCAGUCAUGAGCUGGCCCAGGGGCAUCUUCGCCCCCCACUGGGUCGCCUUGGGGACGUCUUCGAUGUCCUUGAUGUACGAUGAGAAGAUGCGCACCUUAAAGUCCGAAGAACCGGCUGCUAGCAGGCAAUUGUUUGGGUGCCAGUCUAGGCAGAUUGCUCCGUCAAUAGAAGUAUUCUUUAUCAAGUAG